AAGUACGUCAAGGACUCGUACGCCAAGGCGCUGAUAGCCAUGACAGCAGACGGGGCGCCCCAGGACGGAAGGCCCUCCGAGCAGCAGAUCAAAAGCCAGCGGCGCCAGGCCCAAAACGAGAGGGAGGCGAAGGAGGCGAAGUGCACGGCCGAGUGCAUCGGGAGCGCCUUCAUAUUCACUGACCACAGGAUCGUUUCGCCGGACAAGGUGCGAGCGCCCUUCACGGUGGCAAGCAUGGAACAGCUUUUCGGCGCCCUCAAGCUGGAGAGUUUUCUUAUGGAUUUUACAUUCUGUACGAACAAAGAGAGAUUGGUCCUCGGGGCCAGUGGCCCCGUCGGCCUCCGCGUCAAGGAUCCGUUUUCUUUGCCGCAGAUGCGGUUUGUGCCAGUCAUAUUCAUCGUCGCCGACCGGGAGGACGAGGGCGCCCAGCGCCUCUUCGCGCGCCUCUACUUCGAGAUGGCCGCCAAGCACGGCAUCACCAUCACCGACGGAUUCCUCGACUGCGCUUGCUUCAAGGGCGCUUGCGCCGAGGUUGAUGCCUUCAGCACACGAGAACUGACAUCAGGUCUGAAGCUGCGAAAAAAGGACGAGGUCACAGGCCGCAGGCGCCUCCAAGACCCAGAACUUCAAGAAAUCAUCGAUUGGGUGGACUUCUCCGCGCGGGCCCCCGACGAUUUGGAGUUCCACGUCUUCUGGGGCAGCAUCCUGUCGCACAUGGAGUCCGCAGAGGGGGGGCACUACUGGGGGGAACCAGCGAUGGCGAGGUACUUGCGCAAACAUAUUUUGGGCACGGAAGGUCCGUCGAUCCGCGCCACCUGGGCCUCUGGCCUUGGCGCGGCGCCGCCGGGCUUCACCACGUACGCUCCCAAUGCGAUCCAGUUGCCUGCGGCACGUUUGCUGCCGGCGAACUACAAGCGGGGAGGCGUGGCGCAGCUGAUUGCGGACGCUGCGAAGGCACUGCAGGCCCGCGCCCAAGGCGGGGCACGCAGUUCUCUUGUGGGAAGGUUGGCGAAGGCGCCUGGUGCACUAACGAAUUGGCCGAAGAAGAAGGCAGGCGGCGCGGCGGAAGGCCGGUCUUCUGUGGAGACACAAAGUCAGGGCAAUUCCGCCCGCCUCGACUUGAACGCCAUCCUCGCCCACUACAGGGGGAAACCGGCCACGCACGCGCAUUGGGUUCGACCGUGCUCGAAGCUCCUGCCCGCCAGGGACACCGCGCGGGCGGUCUACGCGACGCCCAAGUACCAGCUGGCGUAUGCAACGCAGAAGACGGCUUAUAUGCAAUCGGCGUUGCCCUUAUCCCUGGCGACAUCUGCGGCCGAGAUCCACGCUGCAUGCGCCAGUAAGGAGACGUCAGCAUACGACAUCAUGAGACACAUGUGGUUGCGCCACCACUGCGCGACGAUCUACGUCACAACCAGCGGCGUGGCGGUGGACUGCCACGAGCACAGCGUGGAGGGCGGCGGGUUCUCUGAACACCAGGUUUUCAUUCAAGGGCUCCAGAAGCGGGACUGGCUGGCCCGCAUGGCCCGCGGGCCCGAGACGUCCAAGUCGAAGGGCUCCAAGUGGCACGGCGGCAGGGCCAAGCAGAAGCGGUCCGAGGCUCUGAAGACGAAGCUCCAGGCGCCCCCUCCGCCGGCUGGGCCCGGCGGGCCAGUCGACCAGAGGCGGAAGGGGAACUUCUGCACCCGGUAUUUCACAGAGGCGCAGGGCGAGAAGGCCAAGGGGGAUAUGUUUGCGUGGUUGAAGUUCGCUCUCGAGCAAACUGCGAAGGCAGAGAAGGAACGCAGGGCGGCCGCCGCGCGGGAGUCCGACGGGGUCGCCGCGCGGGAAGCCGACGAGGUCGCCAAGGCAAAAGCCUUAUCGCUCGCGGAGAUGGACAAGGCUGCGAAGCAUCGGCAGAUGCUGGAGAAUCGAGUCGACCCUCGCCUGCAAGCGCUCGGUCUCCAACGCGUGCCCGCUGACGGGGACGGCAACUGCAAGUCCGCUGCGAUAAUGCACGCGUCGGGGCUCGAUGUGUUCGCCUUGGAGCUACGCCUGCAGAUCGUGAACGCAAUGGAAGAUUUCCCCGGCAUUUUUGAAGGCUUCCACGAGUUCGACAACUACCAGUCAUACUUAGACUACAUGCGCGUCCCCGGGACUGCUUGGGGCGACCACCUUACGCUCUCAGCGGCGGCCUUCCUGUUGACGCGGCCGAUCCGGAUCGUCAGCGACGCCGCCAACGACGCGUGCUCGACGUACACGAUCGAGCCCCCGCCCAUCAUGUCCGAGG